AGAGGGUCUUCGCUACCCAAACCCGGCCCCCUCGACAUGUUUUCGCUGGAAAACCGAGGUUCUUCCUGGACUCUACCUCGGAAACUUCAUUGAUGCCAAAGACCCGGAUCAGCUGGGCCGGAAUAAGAUCACACACAUCAUUUCCAUCCACGAGUCACCUCAGCCUCUGCUGCAGGACAUAACCUACCUUCGCAUCCCAGUGGCUGACACCCCUGAAGUGCCCAUCAAAAAGCACUUCAAAGAAUGCAUCAACUUCAUCCACUGUUGCCGCCUCAAUGGAGGGAACUGCCUGGUGCACUGUUUUGCAGGCAUCUCCCGCAGCACCACCGUGGUGACUGCAUACGUGAUGACUGUGACGGGGCUAGGCUGGCGUGAAGUGCUGGAAGCCAUCAAGGCCAACCGACCCAUUGCCAACCCCAACCCAGGCUUCAAGCAGCAGCUGGAGGAAUUCGGCUGGGGCAGUUCCCGGAAGCUUCGCCGGCAGCUGGAGGAGCGCUUCGGAGAGAGCCCGUUUCGGGACGAGGAGGACAUGCGUGCGCUGCUGCCGCUGUGCAAGCGCUGCCGUCAGGGCGCCGCCCCCUCGACGGCCUCCCCCUCGCUGCCCUCGGGGGCCUCGGGGGCCUCAGAGGGAACCCUCCAGCGCCUGAUGCCACGGCCGGCCCGGGAAACCCACCGGCCGCUGCCGCUGCUGGCACGCGUCAAACAGACUUUCUCUUGCCUCCCGCGGUGUCUGUCCCGCAAAGGGGGUGGCCCCGGUGACCACCCCCCAGCAGCGCUAGGGUUCAGCUGCGGUUUCCAGGACCUGGCCUCCAAGUGCGCAGCGUUCCUACCAGACGGGCCCAGGCGGCGCCUUCUGGAAGGAGCAGGAAGGGAAGAGACCUCCAUGGCGGGGGCAGGGGGUCCCCUGCGUCUUCGCGACUGGCUGGUGGCGCAGAUCGAGAGCGGGCGCUACGCGGGCUUGUGCUGGGAAGACGCCGGCAAGACCGUCUUCCGCAUCCCCUGGAAGCACGCAGCCAAACUGGGUUACCAGGCACAGCAGGACGCGGCGCUCUUCAGGGCCUGGGCCGUGUACAAGGGCAAGCACCUGGAGGGCACUGACAAAGAGGACCCCUCUACCUGGAAGACUCGCCUCCGCUGCGCUCUCAACAAGAGUGCUGACUUCUGUGAGGUGCGUGAGCGCAGCCAACUGGACAUCUCCAACCCCUACAAGGUCUACCGGAUUGUAUCGGAGGGCGCCCAUGGCCCAGUGGCCAAGCCCUGUGCUCUCCCUGAAAAGAAAGGCAGUCCCCAGGACCCGCAGGACCCUUCCAGGAAAGUGGCAGGACAGGCCUGCAAACCAGACCCGGACAGCUCUGGAGUAGCCACGGAAGAAGAGGACAAGGUGGGCUGCUUGCCACCCGCAGCCCUGCUGCCAAGCCCUUUGGCUGACCACAGGUACCAGGCUCAGGAACCAGCCCUCUCCUGGAGCUCCGCCCCCUCUGAAGAGUUCAGCAACCCAGAUUGCUGGUUGCAUGUGCGACUCUUCUACGGCGCGGAGCUGGUGCGCGAGGCCACGGCGCGCACAGCGGAGGGCUGUCGUCUGAGCUCGCGGGCCUCCGCCCACCCCGCCACCGAGCACCUGCUGGGCCCGCCUCCGCGCAUCCAACAAGUGCGGUUCCCCAAGCCGCCGCCGGGGGCGCGCGCGCUGCAGCACCUGUGGCCCCACCUGGAGCGCGGCGUGCUGCUGUGGGUGGCGCCCGAGGGCGUGUUCGCUAAGCGCCAGUGCCAGGGCCGCGUGUACUGGCGCGGCCCGCUCGCCCCGCACCGCGCGCGACCCAACAAGCUAGAGCGGGAGCGCACCUGCCAGCUACUGGACACGCGUCGCUUCCUGGCGGAACUGUGUGCCCACCUGCGGGAUGGCCACCCCGAGCCUGAGUACCAGAUCCGCCUGUGCUUUGGGGAGGAGUACCCGGGCCCUCCAGGCCGGCCUGAGGAGCGGCUCGUCAUGGCCCACGUGGAGCCUGUCUUCGCCCGGGAGCUAGUCCAACACUCAAAGCGCCUGGCUGGUAGUGCCCAGCAGGGCCCCCAGCCCAGCAUCCCGGACACCCUCAUCGACCUGCUGACGCACCUGAGUCAGCCCUGAGCCAAUCACUCUCUUCUCAAGACCCUAACGUCAGCUCCCCACAAGGAGAGGACCCCACCCCCCUUGUGGACCUAGGUGGACCUAGGGCCUCCCCCUCCAGGUCUCAGGUCUGGACAUCAGAAGCCGCUCUCUGGCCUUGCCUUCCACCUCUCAGCUCAGGGCUCCACCUGAAACACUGGAAGGGGGAAGACCCCAGGCCAGCUGUACUGAGGGUAUUGGGGUAGAACCGAGGCAGACCUUAAAACCCCAGAAUCAAAGACCCCUCUGCUCAGAGUGCCUCCAGCUGUUUACUUAGCACAGGUCUUCCCUGAGGUUGCGCCCACUGCUUAAAGCUGAGUCCAGGAAUGAGAUCCUCAGGUUGCUAGAGUAGAGUCAACCAAUAAUUUAAUUGCCUGCCCUGAAUUUCCAGAACCUUCCACUCACAUACUACGAUUCUCAUCUCUUUAUUUGGGCGAUGGUGUCCCCAAGCAUCGUCUGAACUUGGGGCUUUGGACGCUAGGCACUGGACCACAGGUUACUGAAGCUGCUCAGCAGGACAGGAGUCCUGAGGUCCCUGCUCCCUGCCGAUCUUUGCCACCUUGAAAAUCAGGAGCUGGAUGCCUAGAACCAUAACGUCAUUUACCCCGCCUUAUCGGGACAAGAGUCUCCCACCUCUUUUCUCCCUGUUUUUGGUUUGUGAGCUUAUUUAUAGGAAUUCUCUCACAGAUGCCAACAUAAUAAAUCUCACUGAAUGA